UUCAGGUUUAAGCACUAUACAAAUACAGAAGGUAAGGUCACCUGCCUUCAACCAAAAUCAAAGGAGUCAGAAGAAGAGGGAGGGUGAAAGGGGGAAUCCACAGAGGAGGAGAAGGAGGUAGAGGAAGAGGUACCCAUCGUUCAGGCCAUAAAGGACGCCUGUGAAGGUUGACUUGCAGCUGUUCAAGGAUGGAUUCGACAUUCAAGAUGGUUCUUCCUACAUUGUCUUGCCAAUGAGGAUAUAUAUCGCCUGUGAUGCUGAUGAAAUUCUCUGGCCAGAUCCAACUAAGCGAAGAGAACUUCGGGCAACUUCCGACUGUAGCUGCACUAUAACUGUGUUUAUGGUCUAUUUCUUUUGUCUUUUUGUAUUCUGAUCAAUUUUUAUUAUUUUAAUGCAUUUAUCCACCUUAUGUAAAGCAUGCUUGCAUCUGUUUUUGUAUCUAUACAAAUAAACCUUAUCUUUUUAUAUCUCAAAAAAAAACAAAAAGGAAUCUGGGCAAGUAGGGCAAUCAAGGAAAGUAUUUAAGAAAAUGUGUUUAAAAACAGCUAGUGACUUCAGUUAUAACCAAAGGUGAAAUAUGUUUUUUGAUGAUUUUACCAUUUUGGAAUAUAAUCUCUUUAAAAGUCUUUAUUUGACUUUAUCUGUAAACAUGUUUUGUGAUUUUAUAUGAAAGUAGAUUAAACAUUUGGGUACACCAAAAGAUCACAGAUUACAUUUUAAGUAGAUACAACACAACUACAAUAAACUUUAGAAUCAAGUAAGUUUUAACACAGAUGCUUUUUAGGUCAAAUCCUGCUCAGCGUAACAACAUGGCUGGGUUGCUUCCUGGGUUAUACAAUAUCCAUGGAGGUAUUCAGCCAGGUAAAGGCCACACCCCCUGCAGCAUCAGAAAGCCCAACCACCCCUACACACCCACCACCACCUGAUGUUUGCUGAUUUAAAUGAUUCCUGCAGGAUCAUACGCACACACAGGACCAGAACCAACUGAACAAAGGAACUUCUCUGCAACUCAACAUUUGACUUUUACAGCACAAGAAUGGAACGAGGAUUGAUCCUGUUGGUUGCUGCAUUGGGGGUUUAUGUGGCAUCGGGUGACCAAGGAACGUCUUACUUGUCAUUUUCCAAUAAUACACAGGUGAACAUCUCUCGAAAUGGUUGUGGAGACACUAAACUGUGUGUGCAGACACCAGAAAACUGUGAUCCAACUGGAAACACGAGCUGUCUGUUUGCAUCUGUGAUCGCCAGCACCCCAAUAGCACCCAACGGCUCUGCAAUGUCCUUCCAACUCAGCGGAGACUCCAUGGGAUACAUCGCACUGGGACUCACUGUGAAUGCUUCACAGGGUACCACCAUGCUUUUCAUCUGCGCUCAAAACAGCUCCAACAAUGGGAGCUUCUUCUUCCAGACGGUGGAUCAGAACAACACCAAUGGCGUUUUCACUCCAGCUGAGAGGGUAACAAGAGAAAUCUGGGGCAUCGUAAACAAAAAUGUGAUUAAGUGUGAGUUCACCGUCCCGAACAUGAACAGCACCACCUUCUCCAUCCUCCUCGGGACUGGAAAUAUUACUGAUAAUGGUCCCGGCCCCUUCAAAGUCUCCUUUAACAGCGGCCUUCUGAACCUCACCAACCCAGCCAGCAACGUCCCUACCACAGUACCACCAGUGACCAACACAACAGUGACCAACACAACAGUGACCACCACAACAAUGGCCAACAGCAUUGGAGCUGUCCAGCCUCACGCCUUGCUGCUCCUGCUGAGUGUCCUCACACUACCCAUCAUGCUGAGAGCCUGAAAGGAGUAUCGAGUUCCCAGUUUGAUACAAUGAAGGAGGAGUGGAGAACUGUCGAGUGUCAAGCUGUUUAUAAAUUGUUUUCAUGGAACUUUAAUUAAUUCAUUUGCAUUAAUUAAUCGUAAUUUUUUAAUUAAUUUAAAAACGUUUGAAGUAUCAUUUGCACAGUGUUUGUACCUGAGAUGUACUUGAGCUGAAACUCCAGCUGUUCAUGUGGCAUUUGCAAAAACGUCCUCGUGGUUUUAGUGACUUAUUUAUUUAAUUUGUCUGCAUAGAACUAUAGAAAACGUCUUUGUAAUUCCAGUUUGCACUUGGGUAAACUUUUCUACUAAAAAGCUGCCCAUCUGGUACAACAAGCAGUUUCAGCAAAUGCAUAUUUACUGUACACUUUGGUCUGACGAGUUUAAGCUGUGUACAGAACAUCUUGGCAGUAUAUCUCAAGGAACAAAUAGCCAGCAUCUUUCACAGGAAACCCAACCCAAUGUGAAAUCAUCUGUGAUUGUGAAAUAUUUGUUGAUGGGACAGCAAAGAAGGUCAACCUGUUCUAAAAUAAUAAAGUUGAAACUAUG